GAAGAAGAAGGAGAAGCAGAAGGAGGAGAAGAAAAGAGUGAGCCUUGUCUGGCUUUAGUUCUGUGAGUUUUACAAUUAUACUGAACCGAGGGGAACCAAAUACCGCUGCAGUUUUAUCUACAUUAAGGAGCACAUGGUGACUGGACAUCUCCACGCUCCCUGGGGUGUAUGUGUCACACAAUGGCUUGCUUUAUCAAUUUAGACUCAACACAGGUGUAAAUUGUGGACCAUCAACGGAUAUUAUGGAGGAAAAUAAGCCUGAGAAGGCUACAAAUCACCUGAAAGGCCACAAACAAGUCCACACUGAAGAAAAGCCUUUUAUUAACCAGUGUGAGCAGCCGUCAACAAAUUCUGAAGGAUUAUCCCAUAAAAAUAUUCGCCAUAAAAAAGCAACAUGCAAACGAAAAGGAGCGACGUUAACGUGAGGAUGCGGCUGUCUAGGAGUCAGAGUCUGAGAGUGGCUGCUGUGUUGGAGGACUUUCACAGUCAGCUUGCUUUAUUGGCAGUUUCUUUCACUGUAAAGUUGGAAAAUAAUCCACACAGCCUUCAUGAAAAAGAACAAAUGAAAAAACUGAUCCAAGAUUGUCACGCUUUAUCAGAACUUUUGGCAACAAUCUGUGAAGAGUUGGAAGAAAACCAGACUUUUACCUUUUUGUUAAAGAAAAUAGAGGAUGAAGAAGAGAGGAAACAAAUGAUGGUUGAGCACAUACGACGAGUCACAAAGGCAGACUUCAGAGAGAAACAGGAAUUUUGCACCAAGCUGGAAGAGGAAUUACAAAAUAAACACUCACUUUUUGAGAGACUUGUAGGUGAAUAUGCAAAACUGGAAGUGCAACAAGAAGACCAAAAUGAAAAGAACAAAAUGAUCAAGCGUGACAAGGAAGAUAAACUACAAAUGUUACAAAAGGAGGCCAGUGACAAAGAGGAAAUGCUAAAUAAACAGAUAAAGCUGGUGAAAGAACGGAUGGAGAGGGAACGACACUCUCACAAUGUAUCAAUGAAAUUUCUUCAAAAUCAACAGGAGGAGAUGAAACAACUGGAAGGCAUGUGGGAGGAGCGCACACGAACACUACGUCAGGCCAAGGCACAAGAGCUUAACGACGUUCGCUGCAAAAUAACUUUGAGAUUGGACCGACUAAUGGAAAUGAGGAGGAAGUUCAGAGUCAUGGAACAAGUUGUAAUGGAGGACAAGGAGGAGCAAGAGAAACUGCAACAAGAACAACAUCUGAUCAAGGCUGCUACUAAGGUACAGGCUUUUUGGCGUGGAUGCAUGGUCCGCAAAGGUCUUGGCAUUUAUAAAAAAACAGAGGAAGACAAAAAAAGCAAGAAAAAGGAUGUAGGGAAAAAAGGGAAAAAGAAGAAAAAAUAA